AUGGCAUCCCUCGCUACCAAGCUGGCUUCAGCCUCGCUGAACCGCUCCUUCGUCACCCUCCCCGCCACCGCCUCCGGCCUCCGCACCGUCCUCAACAGAUCAGCUCUCUACCCCUCCGAUGAUCACCACGGACACGGACACCACGAAUCUCCCGCCACCCCCUCCAUCCCCGCCUUGAAGUCCACCUCUUCGAACAACAACCGCUCCUUUGUCACCGCCCCCGCUGGUCUCUCUCAGCAGAAGCGUUUCAACCACACCUCCGCCCGCGAGACCACCAACAUCCCCGACUUUAGCAAGUACAAGAGCGGAUCGGGCGACGCCACCAACCGCGCCUUCUCCUACUUCAUGGUCGGAACCACCGGUGCUGUCUCCUUCCUUGGAGCCAAGACCACCGUCGCCGACUUUUUGGCCAACAUGUCUGCCUCCGCCGAUGUUUUGGCCUUGGCCAAGGUCGAGGUCGACCUCAGCACCAUCCCCGAGGGUCGUAACGUCACCAUCAAGUGGCGUGGAAAGCCCGUCUUCAUCCGUCACCGUACCGCUGAUGAGAUCGAUGAGGCUAACGCCGUCAACAUUACCGAGCUCCGUGACCCCCAGAAUGAUGCUGAGCGUGCCCAGAAGCCCGAGUGGUUGGUCAUGUUGGGUGUCUGCACUCACUUGGGAUGCGUCCCAAUUGGUGAGGCUGGUGACUAUGGUGGAUGGUACUGCCCUUGCCACGGUUCUCACUACGAUAUCUCUGGACGUAUCCGUAAGGGACCUGCACCAUUGAACCUUGAGAUCCCUGCCUACUCGUUCGAGGAGGGCAACAAGAUUAUCAUUGGUUAA